AUACUAUUUCUAAUACAAUACAACUUUCCCUCACUUCACAAAAAGAAGAUGACAUCAUUUCUCUUAAUGACGAUGACGAACUUCAUACUAUUAUGAACACCCUCGAAGAUGAUGAUAUGAUUACAGAAGAAAAAAAUAACCUUAGACACGUUACACUACCUCUUUCACUAUCCUUGAGUAAAGAAAACUCCUCGCCUUCAUCUUCAAACAAUGAAAAUAAAAAAGUAAAUAAUAAAAACAAACGCGUCAAUAAAAAACAACAAAGAAUUCAAAAAGACGCGUCAACAAACAUCAGUAACAACAAUCAACAAAGAAAUCUCAAAGACGCGUCUACAAAUACCCUCAACAACAAUAACAAUACGCGUCCUACCCACGUUACAGUUACACAACCCCAACCACAAGAUAUAAACAAAA